GACAUGAGGGUGGCUGUAGAGGCGGCGGCGGCGGCUCUGGUGGCCGCCUCCCUGUGGCAGGCGGUGCGCGGCGCGGAGCUGCCCAGUGAAUUCAAGAAGUGUUCCAGAAGUGACCCUGACUUCAACGCCUGUCUCAAAGACGCGGCGGAAGAUGCCAUUCACCAGCUGAAAGACGGCGAGCCCAGCCUGGACGUGCCCUCCUUCGACCCGCUGCACAUCCCCGAGUGGGACAUCGUGCAGGGCGAGGGACCAAUCAGCGUGGACAUGCACUUCAAGGACGUGCGCCUGCGCGGCAUCUCCGACUCCAAGCUCGCCAGGGUCAACGUCGACCUGGACGAAUACACGUUCGACGUGGACUCGAUGAACAACAUCGGCUUCGAGGGCGACUACGAGGUGAACGGGCGAGUCUUGCUUCUGCCCAUCGCCGGCAAGGGCCGCUGCAACUUCACCCUGACGGACCUGCGGUCACUAGUGUACCAGAAAGGAGAGCCGGUGGAGAGAGAUGGCGAGAAGUACAUGAAGCACAACGUGUUCGAGUACAAGAUGAAGGACCUGGGCCUCAUGACGCUGCACUUCGAGGGCCUGUUCAACGGGGAUCCUGUGCUGGGUGACACCAUGAACAAAUUCUUGAAUGAAAACUGGCAAGAUAUAUUCAAGGAGAUCAAGCCAUCUCUGGAGCAGACCUUGCAGAACGUCUUCAAAAACAUCGCUGAACACUUCUUCAGCCAGAUUCCGUACGAUCACAUAUUCCCUGAGUAGAGCAGUGCAGUGGCAUAAAUGUAAAUCUUAACUAGACACACUUAACCUUGUUUGACAAGUCGGAGUUUCACAUGAGUUUGUUGCGGACGUUCCAAUGUAUAAUUUAAAAAAAAAAGCAUAUGUUUCGGAUACUAGAUAUGUCUACAGAUACAGCAUCAUGCAUGUGAUACUUUAAAUAUCUUAAUUCUCGUCUAAGAUUAAGAAUUGAGUAAGCUUAUUUAACUUCUUGAAUUAUUUCGUUUGUUAGAUAAUUAUCUAAUAUUUUGUGGAAAAAAUUUAAAUCAAAGAGUGGAGGUUGUUGAAUCCCAGAAGUUGUUUUGUAUAAAGUAAUAUUUGUUAAAUAUAAAUAAUACUAACCACUAGACCCCCAAAAUAUAUUGUGUCUGCAUUUUUUUUUUUUCACGACAGGGUUGUUUCGCGGUAACAGACAAAAUUAUUUAGAAACGACACAUAAUAACUGUUUAACUUUAUCUUCAUGAGAAUUCCUUAAAGGCUCUUUUAACUAUUUGGCAACUCAAACUUUUUAAUAAUUACAUAUCUGUGAAGAAGUUAAUUUAAAAUCAACUUUAUUAUCUGAAAUCAAUUUAUUUGUGAUGACGUUGUUUAACUCAUUUAGACCAAUUGUAGCCGAUUACUUUGUAUUACAUCACCGAUUCAAAUUUGAUUUUAUGAUUUACUAGUAUUUAUCUCUACGAUAUACACGAUAAUCUAUUUGAUAAACUUAUAUACCUAAAUAUUGAGUAUAUAGAAGCAUGUAUAUUUGCUAAGGGAGUGGCAUUGCUGCAAAUAGACCAAUACAUAUAUCAUUACAUUUAUAAUGUUAUUAUAGAAUGUAUAUGUGACACUAUUAUGUAAGUGAAAAAGUUUGAGAUGAUUAAAAUUAUUGAAACAAAUGUAUUUGAAUAUUAUUAAAGAAGAAAAAUUUCUUAGAAGUUUAUUGGCUCUAUAGAUAAA